AUGAAUAUUCCGACUACUUUAAAUGGUUUUGUGGGUGUUUACUUGUCUUUGUCCAAAGUAUCUCUCAGACCUCGCUUGGUGGGUUUACAUCGGUUAAAGGAAGCUAGUCAUCCAUUGUAUGAAGGAUCAGUGCAUUCUAAGGACGGUACAAGAGGAGAUUGGGUCGAAACGCGCACUAUGGAGGCAUAUGAAGAAUUUCAAAAAAGUAUAAAAGAGUGGCGUGAAACCGAACCUACUUCAGAGGAUGGUAUCAUGGUCCAACCAUCACGUGAAGAUAUGAAUAAAUGUGGACAACUGUGGUAGGUGGUCCAAAGAAAGGUAGAACCUACGGGACAGGAGAUCUCCGAACCUCGAGUAGUCCUUCGUUGUUUCCCAGUUCCUCUUCUACUUUGCAAACUGUGGAAGAAAUGGAUGUAAUGAAAAAGCAAACUGUGGAAUUGACGCAGAAAUGUGCAGCUAACGAUGCUAAAUUUGCUAAAUUUGAGGAGUUGGUUAAGAAGCACAUGCCUCAAGUAUUUCAUGAUGAGGAAGAUAGUGAAUUUGAUGAUAAUUAGAUUGUAGUUAUUGUUCAUAUUUUUGGUUGUGACAUUUAGAUGUUUAAACUACUUAAUUUGAUGUUUUUUUUGGAUGUUUUAAAGUGGUUGUAUUUAUAAAUUUUUAUCGUGUU